CGUCAUCAGACCAAGUCAAGCGUGCAAAUCAUAUACGCCUUCAUCGCUUCAUGUCUACAAGCUUCAUCAUGAAGCUCAGCCACAACAGGCUACUCGGCAGCGAAAGGGCCUACAUAAAGUCGGAAUUGGCGCUUCAAGUGACCUAGUCUCUAGCUCGUUGCCCGAUCCAAGUGUGAGCGCGUCAGACACUCUAAAGCAUUCAAGAGCAGGCCGCCCCCGCCAGCUCUUCAUCCCGCAGCUUCAAAUCACCGCGCAAGGCACCAGAAAGCGCGACUCCCACCCGCGACUGCCAUAUUUACUUGGCGCUCGUUCAGAUACUGCCAAAGCAUACCCUCGUGUGAUCGCCAUCGCAUCCGCCAUGAGUACGAUCGAGCAGACGAAAGGUGGGGGAAGAAGAGCGCACGGCACGCACGACUAUCCGACGCCAUUGUCGAGCAUCGACAAGGAUGUCUGGGAUGUGAUCAUCAUAGGCGCAGGUCCAGCUGGCCUCAUGACAGCGACUUCGCUCGCACGCUUUGGAGGUUUGGACGUUCUGGUCGUCGAUGAGCGCUCUGAGCCCACCACGGCUGGUCGCGCUGACGGUAUCCAGCCCAGGACGAUCGAGGUGCUCAAGAACAUGGAGCCUCUUGGCAGCGACUUUGUAGCGAGGAGUGCUGCCAGCUACGAGAGGACCUUUUGGGGUCCGCAGCCUGGUAACGAGACGGUGAUUGCGCGCAACAAGCGCGUUCAGUCAUUUCCCACCAACAUGGAAAUCGAAGACAAUUGCACGCUCGGCCUGCAACAAGGCUUGAUCGAGUGCGGAUUUCUGAAGGACAUGGAACGACACGGUCUGCGCGUCACGCGACCGUGGAGAUUCCGGAAUUUCGAAAUGACCGAUGACAAGCAGCGUCCGGUGACUGUCACGCUGGAAAAGACGCGCGGUAUAGUGCAGACGAGAAACGCAGCUGGCCAGCCGGACUACUCGAUUCAAGGAACAGGACAGCUCAAGUCACUACGAACAAAAUACCUUGUAGGAUGCGAUGGUGGACGCUCGGGCGUACGCAAAAACAUGGAAACCGAACACGGUGUCGUGUUCGAGUCUGCUGGGAUCAUCGACACGCUCUGGAGUGCACUCGACUGCGUCGUCGAAACCGACUUUCCAGACGUGCGCAAGAUUGCAACAAUCCAUAGCAAAGCCCAUGGCGCCCUGUACAUCUUCCCGCGCGAGGACAACGAGGCGGGUCAACCCAUCAUCAGAUGUUACACGCAAGUGAACAGGCUAGGCGGUAAAAAGAGUGGCGAAAGCGCCUUUGAAGCCAAGGACAAAGUGACCAGCAACAUGGUGAUGGAGGCCAUACAGAAGAUCGCUCACCCCUACAGGUUCGACUUCAAGACCGUAGAGUGGUUCACGUGUUACCCGAUCGGACAACGCUUAGUGUCGCGCUACUCGCUGCCGGCGGGUAGCACAGCAAACGGCUCCCGGUUUCCCCCCCAUCAUGUCUUCCUCGUCGGGGACGCUUGCCACACGCACUCACCAAAAGCAGGUCAGGGCAUGAACACCGCCAUCAUUGACGCUCAGGCGCUUGCUUGGCGCAUCAAUCUGGUUGAGAAGGGCCUGGCUGAGCACGACGCGCUCCUCUCUACGUAUCACUCGGAACGAUGGGCUACCGGUAAUCAGCUGAUCACCUUUGAUGCCGAGUACGCGGCGCUCUUCUCUGGCGAGAUCCCCGCCAGCAAGCCGGAGCUUGGAAAGCUCAAUGAAAGUGAGCUCGAAGAAUACUUUGUCAAGGUCCAACGCCGAAAUGCAGCUUUCACCACUGGGGCGGGUGUGACGUAUUCCGACAACGCGCUCAAUUUUCGCGAUGCGAGGCCGCUUGGCGUUCGAAACAUUUCCCACCGCUUGGAAGCCGGAGCACGACUGCAACCAGCUUGGGCUACGCGGUUCAUCAAUUCUCAGGCUGUGCGCAUCAUCCACGAGAUCCAGUACACUGCACCAGGUGGAUUUCGGCUCUACGUCCUGGCCGGCGAUCCACAAAGGAAUCGCGAUCGAUUACAUGCCUUCAUCAAGCAUUUGCAAAGCUCGCAAUCUUUCCUGCAACGCUUCAUCCCCAAGAAAAGAAGAGAUCUGCCGCAAGGCGCAUAUCACCAGCGACCUCGCGCCCUCAACACAGGCCUCUUCAACGGACUUUCCCACGAGGCCAAUCCCUUCUUUCACCUGCUUCUCAUCAUGCGCCAAAGCCGUUUCGACUUUGAGUUGACCGACCUGGACCACCUUGGGCCAUUGCGCGCGCUAGUGUACGCGGACGACGUCGAGCAGGGAGGUGAUCUGCAGCGCGGAGAAGAUGGUGCCACCACGGUUGGCGGCUUGCACCGCAAGUGGCUAGGCCCACAAACGGAAGAUAGCGGCGGUGUCGUCGUCGUGCGACCGGACGGAUACGUGGGCGCGGUGCUGGGCCUCGACCAAGCGCCGGCGAUCGAGACCUAUUUUGAUGGCUUCUUGCGUGCCGAGAAUAGCAAGGCGGCACAUGAUCAUCACCAUGCUCAUCCACCGUCAAGAUUGUGAUGCGCGGGAAUGUGCGGCGACCUCGAAGCGAUACCCGCGCAAGGCAAACACGACUCUCCAGCUUGCAUUUUUUCUGUUGCUACCACACGAGCCCGCUUUGCGCUUUGCCUCCACCUGUUGUAUGCGAGGACCUACCUAGGUCAAUCGAUGACGCGUAUUGAGUGCUAUGACCCACUCGCAAAUACCCCGUUGUGAUUGUGACCGCGCGGGCGUGCUCCACGCCCAAAGCAUACCGUAGUGUUCCCUUCGCGUGCUCUGCGCGCCCGCGAUGCUACUCGUCGAGAGAAGCCAGCAGAUGCAAUGAACAGACAAGUGACUCUAAUUGACUAGCGGUGCGGAAGACGAUGGGUUCAUCCUACAAGCUGCGAGAAUCGCUUCUCCACGUCGGCCUUGCUCAAUCCAUCCAGCUCAAUGUGCCUCUCC